AUUGGUUUAAAAAAAAAAAAUGGUUUAACUUUUUUUAUUUUUUUCUCAUUGCCCGAACCCUAACUCCACCCUUUUUCCUCUUUCGUUCCACCUUUGAAUCACUGAAUCCAAUCAGAAAUUGAUUGUUGUGAUUGGGCAAUAUGAGUUCAGAAUCAGAAUCAGAAUCUGUUUCUCCUCGGCCACGGUUGUCGUGCAUCAAGUGUUUCGACGCUCUUUGGUUCUGCUAUUCACCUGUUCAUCAGAUGCAGCAGUAUUAUCGCCUGGGAACUUUUGAUAACUGUGUCAAUAAAUGGGCUGCUCUUGUCGAUUGUUUAUCUCUCAAAACCAAACCCUCUUCUCAAGUUGAGAGCCUCUGGUUGCAGAACAUUCUGGAAGCUCGUGAGAAGGAGAAGGAGAAGGCCCACAUCUGGACAUUUCGGACGCCGGAAGAAGCCACAUCUCACUGGAAAAGUCUGUUUGGACAUUUAGAUGAAUGAUGAGCUUUUAUAAUCAUUAUUCUCCAGAUUUUGUACUGCUGGUUCUAAUUCAAAGAAGAUGCGGAUGACAAUGUUUAUCAGACCUUUAAGAGUGUUGUGAUUCAUCAAUGUUGCAGAAAACCAAACUACAAAUAAAGUUUUAAAUGUUCCUUUUAUCA